AAUAUCAGCUGGUCGCAUUUCAUAACCUGAGAUUCGUGUAACCCGAAUUAGUCGAAUUAAAUUGGUAAAAAUGCGGCUAACUAACAAGUUGUAUGCACAGCACAUUGGAUGGCAUUUCAAGAAGCACUGGCAGGUGCAAGGCAGGCGAGUCCCCAAGGACACCGGAGCAGCUGCUGAGCUCAUAAAACUUGGCAUUCAAGUAAAAUCCCCCGAGGACAUGCUGAGUCCCCAAAAAAUGUUCAAGUUAGUGGAUAUUGUGGGACCAGUGGUAAAGCCAAUUGCUGAGGACCAAACUCAUCCAAACUGGCAUACGAAUGCCUGUCAUGUUUUUACGGAUAACAACGUUCUUCUCGGAGGAUUGCCUCAAGCUCAGGUUUUGACCAACACAAUCGAGAUUAACAGCUUCCCACCACAAAUCGAGGAUGCUAUUUCAAAUGGGCAGUUGCCGAAAGCCGUCGAUCGAGCUGUUCAGAAUGCCAUCUUUUCAUCCCAUCUGCUGGAUGCCCAACAAGUGAAACUGCCAAAGAUCAAACUGAUCGAUCGACCAGCUUUUAAUUUACCCCGUCUUUACGGCAUCUCCCACGAAAGACGCAAUCGCCUUUUGGUAAAUAAGCUAUUGUUUGAGAUCGAGAAAUUGGCUGGUCGUCCCGUAACUGAGCGUCGAAGGAUGAUCGACAAUGUCACUUUUAAAACAACUAUAACAAAGGACAAUGACGUGCUCGCCUUUGCAGUCAGUGGAGAGACAUUAAUAAGCUCAUCGCGUGCCCUCGAUGCCAUCAAGGGUAAAUACCAUGGGGAAUUGCCAGAUCUUUAUCCGAUGAAGUGCACAGUUUCAAUGCCAAAGCGGAACAUAUACACGGCAGACAACUUUUAUCCGAUUGGACGCGAAAUAAGUUGUUCCCAUCCUCAUACAAUUUUAACGUUCUUUAACAAAAGUAUUGUUAACAAUGUGCACGGCUCCGAAGUGACGGCAACUCAAUUCCACGGACGUACCAUGCUCAAGGCGUUUGUUGCGGCUGUUACCCGGGCUAAGCAGUUGUAUGGCGUUUCGUUCAACGGAGAUAUUCAGAAACCGAUUGUUGUGCAAUGCGCUCAGACGGACGGACGAGUCUUUCACUUUGGCGUGUUCCAACUGAACACACUUAAUCCAAACUCCAACAGCACCACUAAAAACUAUUGGUUCCAUCGGGACAGUGUGGACUUGUUCACGGAAUGUUGCUACAGAACUGGCAGACCACACCUAGAUGGAUUUAACACUGAACCUUUCCGUAUCUUAAGCGCAUUUUAUCAAAACUCAUAAUUUUGUUUACAAAUCUUACAAAUAAAAUUCGAUUUAUUGUAAUGUUUGUUCGACAGUAA